AUGGAGGAGACAGACUUUGAGCCAUUCAAGGGCCAUACCAACUUUGUCAACACACUUGCAUAUUCACCUGACGGAAAAUUCCUCGCUACCGGGUCACACGACAAGACAAUACGGAUAUGGGAUGCGGCAACGGGUCGUCAAGUCGGGGAUGCUCUGGAGGGGCAUACUGGGCCUGUUGGCGCCAUUGCUUACUCUCCUGACGGACAUCAUCUAGUUAGCGGCUCCGGCGACGACACUGUUCGCGUAUGGGACACAACUACCCAUCAGACGGUCAUAGCCCCACUCAAUGGUCACACAACCUUGGUUUCUGAUGUGCAGUACUCGCCAGACGGCGCACUCAUCGCAAGCGGAGGAGAAGACGGAAAUAUCCGUGUAUGGGAUUUGGAGUCCAGCGUGAUCUUGCAUGUUAUUGACGCCCACGAAGAUGCUGUCCAGAUGCUCAGCAUCUCGUCUAACGGUCUUCUGCUAGCUAGUGGAUUUGACGACACGACUGCCCGCAUCUGGGACCUUGGAUCAUAUGAAGCUCUAGGCCAAUCUCUCAAACACGACGCCGGAGUGCAGUUUGUUUGCUUCGCGCCUGACGGUUCGCAAUUUCUGAGUGCAUCAGAGGAUCAACGGGUUUGCGUAUGGGAUGCUGGCACUAGAAAGCUUUCCCAGACUCUGCAGCAUGACGGUACAGUACGCUCGGCGGAUUUCUCACCAGAUGGAACGCAAAUCGUGAGCUGCACCGAAAACGAUGGGGUAACCUGUGACCUUCGCCUGUGGGAUACGAAAUCUGGGCGUCUCCUGCGUCCCAAGGUUCGUGCUCACCCUCCCUUAUAUAACACGCGUUAA